CGUGUUCAUGUCCAUGUGUGCUGAUGACGCCGUGAAUGCGUGUACCCGUGUUUGUCUUCUCUCUGGCUAUCCGGCUGCUGUCUGUCUGUCGGCCUGCUAUACAGUCCACCGCCCGCCGACACACCACGCACGCACAAGAGACAGAUAGACGGACCGACGGACUGGAGUUCUUCGUCGCUCAUAAACAAGACAAUCUCUGCCUGCCUGCCAGUCUGCCUGUCCGUCCGUCCGUCCGUCAAUCAAUCCCUCAACGAAUCGAAUGAAUCAUCUUGCAAUGUUCUCGGCCAUGAGGUCUUCGGUCGGCAGGCUGUAGAUGAGGGCCGAGUUGUCAAACUUGCUGCCAAACGUCAGCACACUCCCACCUGAUUGAUUAAUGUGAUCGAUGCCAUGCAUCGAUCGCACGGACGAUCGGUCGACACACACACACCAACCAGCCCAGCCCCACAGGUACCCUACCGUAGCUUACCAGGUAUGAAGUUGACUUUUUUGGACUUGAGCAGGCCCGGGCGAGGGGGAAAGAUCAGCUGCGGCGGACUCACAAUGCCCUGGGCUGAUUGCAAUAUGUAAUGGCGUGGCGUGGCGUGGCGUCAAGGGAGGGGGGGUGGGUCACAGCGACACAAACAACGGUCACAUGCAUGUGCGGGCAGGUGCCACAGCAGAGGUGAGUGAGUGGGUCGCUUACUUCCAUUGCCCACUUGGCCGGCGAAGCUGCUGCCCCAGCCGAAGAUACCGACUGAGUGACACAACAGACAGACAGACAGACAGACACACAUGGGUGAGGGAGUACUGCAUGGGGUGGAUGGGAGGGUUGUGAGUGAGCCCACGUACUGUCUCGGACGAAUGCCAGGCAGUGAUUUUCCCCACAGUGGAUGUCCUCGGUGAACGACUGGUGCGGCAGCUGCACACAAACACGGGAGGAGAGAGAGAGACGUGUGUGUGUAUGGCUGUCUGGGUGGCAUUAGGUCAGUCAGGUCACCUUGCACUGUCUGAGAAUCUGCUGCUGUGCCUGCAGGUUGCGGCCACACUGGCCGAACAUGUUGUUACCUGCACACACACACAGGUACCUACGGGGGUGGGAAGACAGACGGAGAGACACAAGAGAAAGGCUUUCUUUGCUUUGUGUGUGCGUACGUACCGCAGCAGAAGACAAAGUUGCGCUCUUUCCGCAUCUCCUGGCCCUUCUCGUGGGUGUGGCUGAUGUGCCUGCGUGGGUGGGCAGGCAACACAGACAUACAUGAAUGAAUGAGCAUGGGUGUGAUGUGCCUUAUGGAUGACGCGUGCGUCGCCGACCAGAGCACGGAGGGCUCCUUGAAUUUGAAGCACGUGUGCUCACCGCCACAGGCCACCUUCUCUGGCGCACUCCACACAGCUGAACACCCACACAACACACAAAGCGGGCGUGCGGGUGGUACGGUACGCGUUGUUGUGUCAAUAUAUUGUGUCAUCGCGCCACAGACAGACUCACUGUCUUCAUCUCCCGCCUCUGGCGCGAGGAUGGGCACCGGAUUCCACUGGAUGUGCCGUUGAUAGUAGCCGUACUUGACGCGGCUCGGAACCCUACCCACCAGACCUGAUACGACAGGACACCCACACACCCUUCUCUCGUUCCGAUGAUGGAUGCCUCCAAGGAUUCACAUAUGUCUCGCUUCUGGGAUGGUAUGUAUGAAUCAUUCACCACCCCACCCCACCCACCCACCGUGUCUGAGCUGUUCCUUCCAAGUGCCGCCCGUGACGCUGCCUGCACAAUGAAUGAUCGACCGACACGCACACACAUACACACGUGCAGUGCAGUGCAGUGCAGCAGCGGGCUGACAGACCGACCGACCGAAUGUGGUUCUGCUGUCGCCCAGCGCCAGCUGGAUCUUGUCGUCUCUGCCCCACCUGACAGACAUUGAUGAGUGAAUGAAACAGACGAUAGAUACAAACAAUGAGUGAAUGCAAUGUCGGUGUUUUGUGUCAGUCGGUCAUCGAGGUGAUUGUGGUGGGUUGGCUCACGCGAAUGUCAUUCCGUUCCUGUCGGUGGCCAGGGUGUGGUGCUUGCCGCACGCCACUCGCUUCACCCUGAUCGAGGGGUCACCGAAGUCUACCUGCAUGGACGCACACACACGCAUACGCAUGUAGGUGUGUAAGUACGCGUAAUGGGUGUGGUGCACCCGUUGGUGUGCUUGGCCGGCUUGCCUUGUGUAGAGUGACGGGAUCCGAUGUGUAUUUGUAGUUGGGCAUCACGGCACACUCACCAUGGUCAUUGCCGCCAUGCAUGUCUGCACCACACCACACCACACCACACACAAAGAGACAGACAGACAGACAGAAUCCAUCCCCCUCCCCCCUCCCCCGCCCAUUUAUUCAUUCAUUCAUUCAUCGGCUUACAAAGCUCCCCACUUCUGGUGACGAACCCCGCGUGGUCAUGCCCCACACUCAUCUGCGUCACAUAGUCGUUCCACCACAGCUUCCAAAGGUUGGGUUCAGGCAGGCCCGGUAGUUUCUCAGGCGAUGGCAGAUCCACACCGUCACCCUCACUGUCAUUGCCUGUGUUGACCUUGGCCUUGCCGACGAGCCAGAAGGACGUCUUGCCCGUGUAGUUGGUCGCCGUGACGUUAGUGUAGGGCGCAUUGAUGUCGACGGACUUGGCCGCCAGUAGCUCGGCCGUAGACAUGUCUGAGGACGCUGGGCUUGCGUCACUCGAGCUGCUCAUAGCCUCCAUUUCCCUGUUUUUGUGGGCGGUAAUCUGCUCGGCCAUGUCGCGAAUCGUCUCGGCGAUCUUGUCGUAAUAGUAGACUGCAUGCGCGACACAAGCCAGCCAGCCAGCCAGCCAGCCACACCAACAAUGAAUGGUUCGUUCUGUGUGUCUGCUGAUGGACUGACCGAUGUUGUUGUCACUGAGUGCGAAGAUCUGUCCGCUGCCGCACUGGACGUCCUUGAACUUGAGGCCGCCCUGGUCCAUCUUGAACGGCAUCACGUAAACUGAGGUAACCCAGCCCACCGGCACACGCACACACAUGACAUGCACACAUGGCCAUCCACCAGGGUACACAUGUGACACAUGUAGGGGGGGAGCACCUCUGGGUCCGUCGUCUCUCCUGGGUGCCUGGGUGCUGCGGAUGAUCUCGGGUUCCUUGCCGGUCACCCGGCGCUUGAAGGUGUACCUGGUCAGCCAGUUGAUGACCCACAUGGGCACCCAAAGCGGCUGCCACUCCUCCACUGGCUCCGCAUCGGGAUUGGUGUUCUUGCCAGUCACCUUGGCUGAACGAACCAAGCAACAAACAAACCAGAAAUACAUACAUACAUACAACGCCCGUCGUGUCGUGUGGGUGGAUGGGUGAGAACCAUGAAAUCAUUCGCUCAUUGUGCAUGUGUACACGUGUGUCUGCGUAUGUGUAUGUGUAUGUGUGCCUGGUAUGACGUAUCCCUCGUCGUCCUGCAUGACUUCCGAUGCCGUGGGCAGGUGGAUGUCGUCGGCCUCCCCCCAGCUACCCCACACCCACAACUCACCGCUGAACGUCAAGCCAGCUGACUCACGCAGACACCACACACACGCAAACACAUACAUGUGAGCAGAGAGAGAGAGAGAGGCAUGGACCCGUGUCCCUCCCUCCCUCCCUCCCUGCCUGCCUGCCUGCCUGCCCGCAUGCCUGCCUGACCUCCAAAAGUCGGCCCAAAUGUGAUUUGUUUCCAACCGAACUGGUUGUCUGGCGUAUAAUGACACACAAAUGUAUAAUAUUAGGAGAAAUGCGGCAGUGUACACACGAGCCGGACAGUAUCAUUCAUUGAUCCAUCCAUCCAUCCAUCCAUUCUUUCUUUCCUUUUUCUUUCAUGCUCUUUUGAGUGCUCACCCCUGAACCAGUCGAUCUCCUGCGGCACCAGUAUGUCUGUAUGAAUUGCAAUGCAAUGCAGCACAACCAACAAAGGAUAUCAAACACAACACAACACAACACAACGCAGCAUGCCAUCCAUCCAUCCAGUCAGUCAGUCAGUCACACUCAUUCACUCACCGCUUCUGCCGCCUCCAGGAUAAGCGAAGCGCUUGCCCCAGCAAAACACCUGCACGGCACACACGGACACGCCGGCCGCAGUGGGUGUGUUUGAUUGAUUGAUUGCGUGUUGUCCUGGCUGCAGGCACCUGCUGCUUGGGCGUCGGCGCAUCUUUCGCCUUUGCGUGCGCCACCGAAGUCCGCCUCUUGUAGGACGUCAGCACAUACACACCACACGUCGUCGUCAGACCUGCACAGAGAGAUACACACAAAAGAUGAGAAACAAAGGCGAUGGAAUGCAAUGGUUGCGUCAUCUACACUUUCAUUUUUUAUGACCGAUUGCUGCUGCCGACGCUCUCCAUGACGGUGAUCUUCGCAGCAGCACACUCCACGAAGGCAUCCCUCCUCCUCUGCAAAAUGAAAUAGCUCGCAUC